AUGGUUGACGACAUGAGAAAUGUCUUGUUUCCUUCUGGUCGUGGUCUUGGUUCAGAUUUGGCGUCGAAGAAUAUCCAGAGUGGAAGAGAUCAUGGUUUACCAGACUACAGCACAGUGAGAUUAAAAGGUAGGAAUUAAACUGACUCUAGGCUACUGUUCUAGACAGUCUAUGUCAGUAAGUCUGUCGGUAAGUCUGUCGAGCGGACGGUCGGUAACAGGUUGGUCCACGAUUCAUUAACCUGGUGACUGAAAAUAAAAAACCAGUAGCCCAUCACUAGGGUCAUAGACUGCUGAAAUGACUGACUCCUUAUCUUCGAUUCUGUUUGUCUCCUUGAGGGUUAACCAGUUUUUCAGAGAUCACCAAAGACUCCGAGGUUGCAUCGAAGAUGAAAGACCUUUACCAGGACAUAAACAAUGUUGACCUGUGGGUAGGAGGAUUGGCUGAAGACCACGAAGAUGGCAGUGACUUGGGGCCAACGUUUAGAACGUUAGUGCAAAACAAUUCUUUUUAUGUCUUCCCUUUAUGGUUUCUGAUUUUUUUCGUGGAUAUGGUCUUCACAAUUGAGUCUAGGGGGCUAAACACGUGUUGA